CAGUGAAAAGAUUCCCGUUGAAUGCUUCGGCAUCUUUCUUAACGGGCGAAGGGUCGAACCUCAAGGAGUAGAGAGUAUGAGCCCAGGUCAUGUUGGCUUUCAGCGACAGACUUCUGAUUUUCGCAAACAGGAAAGUUUGUGAGGUCUCAGAGGUGUCCCAGUCAGAGGGAGAUGCUGGUGACAGCCCGCUGCGGUCCAGGAGAGCUGAGAGCACCUUACUUAGUAGUACUGCUGUGUAUAGGUUUGGGAGAUGAUUGACUUUUGUCAUCAACAAAUUGCUGGAAUCCCACCUGCGCUGGUACUCUUUCAUGUACAGAUAAGGAAAGCUCUGAGGCUGUCUGAGAAUAACUUAAAACAUAGAUACGGGAUGCUCCAAGAUUCUCACAGGAGGACUGUAAUGUCUCAAGGUUGUUAUGAGAGAGAACAGGCUAUCUCUACUCCCAUCCUCCACCGGGCAGCAGGAGUCCUUGAGACACACAGCAUAGCUCUCUUAGUUGUGUAAGAGUUCCUGGCACAGCCAAGGGUCACUUAACUGCCCGACUCAUUACACUUAUGCUGAGGCCUAGCGAGACUUCCCAAGUUCAUAAAUCAGCCUGGAGAGGGGGGGAGAAAUGCACCACCACAGGGGCUGUUUCUCUUCUGACUCUACCUGUAAACAAAGUGGCUUCUUCUUGUGUUCACCAGAGGCAAACAAGAAAGGAUACUCAUAAUUAGUUUUGUUUCUUGCUCGAAGAGAGUCUAUGUAUUUAAAAAACAAACCCUUCAGAGCAAGGACCAAGCAGCGUGCCUCUAAUGUUGAGUCUGUUUUGGAACUUGCCUUCAAGUGAGAAUAAGGUUUGUCCCACAGUCUGGUUUGUGGUUUUUAAUCUUCUCCUUUCACUGCUUUUUUGGGGUUUUAGCAAGUCAGUAGCUGGCUACAAAUCUGAGACUGGCUGAACAUAGUCUGAUGCGGAAUAAGCCACAGCUUUGCUGAUAAACUGUUCCUUCUUCUGUUGCAGGGCAAGCACAGCCUUCUGCCCUGGGAGUUUAUGUGUGUGUUUAUUACUUCUACCCUUACUUUUGAACCCAGGCACUGUGGAUCCAGUCUGAGGUGUGUGCUUUGCUGGACUGAAGCCCAUCACUGCUGUUAGGCCCCCCUCACACUUCCACACAGGUGUAUUUUUUUUGCUGGAUGAUCGAAGCAUGCAGUUCCUACAAAGGGAACUGUAUUUAGUGGGCAAUCCAGCAGAAAACUGGAUAUAUCAGUUGGUGAUGGUUUCCUUUCCCUUUUUCCCACUAGUCUGAGUGUCCAGGAUGCUCAGGUACUCACUUGCAUAGGAAGAAAAGGGGAGGGGAAAAAAAAAAAAAAGCUGCAUUUCUACAGUGGUUGGUUUUUAAAGAUCUGAAGUGCUAUGGAGAGUCAGAUCCCUGUGGAAGGGAGCGGUGGCUGCUCUGCAUCAGGAGAGCUUUGGGAAAACUUGGAGGGUUUUGUAUAUGGAAAAGAGAGGAGGCUGAGCUCAAGUGGAUGGCAGCUGCUGGAAAAUUUUCUUUCCCUUUGGGUAUGGAUACCAGGUUAGAAGGGAGCUGGAAAAUGCUAGCCCAGAACACAAGAUUUCUUGAUCCCAUCUUGUUCUGUGAGUGUAUAAGUCUUCCUCCCUGUGCGUCGCCACAGAACUCGACAGUGAGCACCCAAAGCACGAACCAAAAGCUAAGUGAAUUUGUGUUCCUGCUCACCACUCAGGUAUGUUUAAGGGCUGUUUCUUUCCAGCUUCUCAAAAAAAGGGCACAAUUCAGAAGACAGUGCAAGCAUGCUGAGAAAACACACUGUCAUCCUGCUGCUGUAAACUGGGCUUUUUUCUCUGAAAAGCGGAGAGCAGAGCUUGUGAUUUUCCUCCAGAGGUUGCAAGCAGCGGUGUUCUGUACCACACAGCUCCAUGGGCACUUGCGAAAGACAGCAGCACCCUGAAACGAAGGGGUCCCCUGUCCUGGCUGAGACAUCUUGAGUUGUUUUUGUAAUCUCCUUCCCCAUAAUUGAGGACUCCGAUUCCCUGUCUCCUGAACUAUGAGUGUGGGAGAGACCAAAACUGAGGCAAGGUGCUUGAUCUCUCUUGCCCCAGGCUGCCAGGCUUAGAGCUUUGGUGCUUAAUGGUUUUGAGCAGCUGAUCCCUUUUUUGGGUCUGUGAACAGCAGCUUUAGGAGAAAAACAGUCCCUCUACUAGAGUAAACAAGGCGGCUAUUGGUUUGUAUUAACAUGCUUGUAAUUUUGGAUGCUUCCUUAGGUAUAGCUCUGCUCAGGUGUCAGUGCUGGGUUGUUGCUUUUGAGCUGAACCAGUGAUAAAUUGCCACUUACGUGCUGCACUCAAAAAAUAUAUUUACUCAGCUGUCCUACCAGGUAUGGCUUGGGCAGCUUGCAGAUCCCUUCAGCCCUACACUGCCAAUUCUGGAAUUAACCUUGCUGUUAAUAGGGCAACCAUCAUUGAAGAAAGCAUUUUCUUGCUCAGUUUUAGGCGUUUGGUUUCUCUUAGAGUUGAAGUGAGCAUGCAGUUGCAAUACUAGCUUACUUUGUCACGCUGGUAAGAGUUUAUUCACGUUAUCUUAAGCUAUAUGGGGUGUGCAAAACACAAUAGGUGUUUGCUCUUGUUUUUACUGCUUUAAACUACCUCUAAGCUUUGGGUGAACAGAAACCCAUGCUCGGAUGUUUGCCUGCUGCUCUCUGCUGGGUGUGGAACCUCCCUAAUUCACCCUGAAGACCCUGGGACCUGCAAGCAUGUGAGUUACCUUGGAAAAUUAAACCAGCAGCCACUUGGAGCAACAAGGUACAGUGCACGUGUCCUUCCAUUCUCAUCGAGGGUAUUUUAUCUCCUGCAGCAGAUUACAAAUACCUAACCUGUGGGUUACUCACUGACUUGCAUUGCAAGUCUGGCCUGAUCUGUGGUCAGGCAGAAAGCAAUUCUGAGGAGCAGGUGUUUGUGUGUGUGUUACUGGGCUGUGUUCAGAGUGGAUUGUGUAGUUCUUGUGCUUGCUUUUGAUGAAGAUACCUCUGAUUAUACAACUGACGAGAGAGCAAGAAUGAUGUUAUGUUGGGCAGAGGCAGUUUUUAAGAGUGGCACUUGUGGCCCCAGGCUAUGGAGGGGAACCCACAAAAGCAAAGAUGGGUCCAGAGCAUGUCAUCCCUUUUUUUCAUGUGCAUUUAUUUCCACAAUCUCUCCCAUUUUUAUUCCAGCCUGUACUGGUAUAGUAAGGGCUUUUACUUUCCCCCAAACCAGUUUGCAGCUGCAUUUUCCCAUUAAGACCUGGGCUCUUACUGCAGGGCAGUAGCAGGGCGGCUUUAGCACUCACUGAGCCAGCGAGCUCCUGGCUUUUGAUGUUCAGGAGGCAAUGCUGUUGCAUUUGUAGAGCAGCUGCAUCCUAGAUCUGAAAUUGUGUUGCUUGGUCCUGCUCCCAAUGCAGCUAGGCAGGGGCAGAUGCUGUUAAUUCUCAGCUUUCCAGCUGUGCAAGUGAAAAAGUGAGUGUAGUUAAGAGGGGGACGUAUUUGAAACUGCAGAGUGUGAAGUGGGGCAGUUUCUCCCCACUUGUGCCUGUUUGUUUGGGAAAUAGGGGGUGACAGAUCUUGGGCAGAGGGAAACAUUUUGCUGAAUUACAAGAUACUAAAGUGAGAUUUACAGAUGCCUUAGAUCAUCACAUUUUUAUUUGAACUGUUGAAAGUUUGGGGUUGGUUUUUUCCAUGGUAUAAGCAGUUAAUUUUCCGUUGGCAAGAACUGAAGGUAUCUGGCACUUGCGUGGGGUAGGUGGUCGAACUUUCCCUUGUCAGAUUGAACUUUAAAACCUCCUUCAAACUAAACAUUGCUUUUUUCUGCUCUUUGCUUAACCUUCUGCAGCCGGUCAUCAGCCUUUGGCCUCAGCAUCCUACCCCCCUCUCACCCUCCCCUGCUUUCAUCUCAGCUCUGCUUGAGCACAGAAAUCCAGUAGGGAGGCUGCUUUGGACUGGUUUGGGUUCAAGCUAGUCUGCCCUUUGUCUUAACAAUUUGCAUUUGCAUCCUAAAAGCAGAAGGCUGGAGGUACAGGGGCAGGUAAGAGAAACAGAUUUCACUAAUCUUUCAUUGUUAAUUAAUUCCUUGUAACAGGUUCUUUUCCCUUUGUAGGAGCCCUGUGAAUUUUAGCUGCUGACAGUUUUUUUGCUCUAGGCAUGGGCCCAAGGAGCCAUUUCAAGAGGGCCCUCCCAUCCCAGCUCUCAUGAAGGCUCGCUUCUGUACAGCUCACUAAAGUGUCAUGCUUGACUUUUAUCCCCAACUUGUAGCAAUGCUUCAUGGUGUGGAGAGCAAUUCAUAAGGUCAGGCUGUCCUGAGUAAUCACUGAUCUCUUGCCCAGCUGUAAAAGAGCACUGCUGAUUUGCUUUGCACUCUGUUUUUGGGGUGUGAGGGGAUGGGGAAAAGGCUUUUAUUCUCAAGAGCCGAAGUCAAUCUCAAAAUGGUUUGAGAUACUUAACAUUCCCUGGGCUCUUUAGCACACUGCAUGGGUGCUGUGGGACAUUCACGCCACCAUAGGUAGCACUGGUAGGCUCAGUAGAUUGGUUGCUGGGGGGUGAGCUGUGAGUCUGCAAGCUCAGUUAGUCAUCCUUUCAUGCAGCGAUGAGAAACACUGGGAUGGAAGUGGCCUGCGCUGGCUGAAGUCCGGCUGUGUUGCACAGCAGGCAUGGGAUGGGGGAGUUUAUGCUUCCCUGGAGCCUUCUGAUUUUGAGCUGAAUCAGGAACUUGUUUUUUGGCUUUCCAUGCCAAGGGGAUGAAGCAGGAAAAAGAGCCCUUUCUCAUUUUUACAUUAUUCCUUGCUAGUAACCCCUUUCAGACAGUGAUGUUGCAGUAAUACUUUUGGGAUCCUUCCAGGAUGAAAGAAGUUGACAUAUGGAGUGCAUGGCAGUGCUGCAGGGGAAAAGGGAGUGUUGAAGAGCUCUGGAGGGAGGAGGACUUUUUCGGCCAAGUGCUACAGCAAAGAGCUGGCCUAAGAAAUAGCAUGGGCUCUUGCCUGUAAGAGACAAGACUGGACACAUCAGGGUCCAAGUCAGCCUUAGUGGCUGAUAAAUUUUAUUUAAAGUGUUAGUGUGAAGUCCUGUAUCUCCUCUAAGUUGAUGGAGUCAAGACUUUACUGUGAAGUAGAAACAGGGAGUCUUUCCCAUUUAAUCAGGACAGGAUGAAGACGAGGUGCUCUCCCCACUCUUGUGCUUUGGGUUUUAAAUAUGAGAUUAGCAGCACUUUCUGUGAUGGCAGACACAACGAUCUGCCUCUAGCUUGACAGAAGCAGGCAGUUGUGCUUGUACAGGCAGGUGGAUAUGCCUUUCCCUGGAGCUGAGCUGAGUGACAGGCCGCAGACUACAGUGAGGUUGUCCUUUCUGCGGUGGGACCAGCCAUGGCUACAUCAGGGCUGCUGGAGCCAGAGAGAAUUAAGCGUGGGUGGGGGAAGGCUGCUGGCAGGCAGCAAAGGGCCACCCUGGUCCAGGCCCUAGAGCUGUGGAGCACAGAAGUGUGCCUGGCUUGUUGCUGGCUGAUUUUUUUCCUGUAGGAGUGAAAGGUUCGGAAGAGCAGCGCUUCCUGGAGCACUUUCAAUUGUCUGAAUAUUUUUCCUUUCUCUUGGCCUCCUGCCCUGGGUGUUGUUUUUCCUUCUGUAUUCGGUUGACUUCCCUCCCCUUUCAGAUUUUUUGUCCUCUGCAUCUAUCCUAAACCUUUUGAAAGAUAAUCUGUUUGUUGUUACCAGCAAGAGCAGUGGCUGUGGCCUGAGCAAGUACGUCUUGUUUUGCAUGUUUUCUUGCAGAACUUGUUGCUAUGCUAUUAGGCUAUGCUAGAGAGGGCCCCUUGGGGCUCGAUAUGGUCUCGAUGCCAAAUGAGGUAAUUUCUGCUUUUGCAGAGGAAUUGGAGCCAAGAUGAAGUCAUUGCCCCAGAGCCUGGAGAGGGGGUUGUAAAAGAACCCAGAGGUCUCCUGCAUCCUGGAUCAGCCCUUGAGUUGCUCCUGUUUUCUUCCCCCAGGUGCUGGCCUACCAGCCCUGGCAAGACCACAGACCCAGAGGUGACCAGUGCUAAAUGCAGCUGAUCUUUGAUUUAGUUACUUAGGAGGCAGUGCUUGGUAGCUGUGGCAGUGAGUAUGCGGGGGCAGGCAGAGACCUACCCAAGUUAGACGUAUCUUUGAAAAAGUCUUCCACGGCAGGCAAGUCCUGGGCGGGCUGCCAGCCCUUUCCAGUAGUUGUUUCCCGAGCUGUUGUGGCUGCGGUCUGUGAGCUUCCUCCCACGGGGUAUGUGAACAAACCCACCACAGAGUCAUGUAAAGGGCAUCUCAAAACCACAAUAUGCAGGAAAUCUUGCGUGCCACUUAAUCGGCCCUAGGAUGGCUGAUGAGGCCUUGCUGCCAGAGCUGGUGGGAUGUGCAGAUCCCCUGCUUUAGCAAAGGUGGAAAAUACAAAUUCUCUCUGCCUUGCUGGGAGAUUUUCAGAGACCUGCUUUUGCUGGAACAUGGUUAUUACCAUUAGCCUAUCCUCCUCUGGUACCAGGAUCAGUCAGUUUGCAUUGAGGUGUUGUGAACUUUGGACAGGAAUAGCAGUGGUGCACCAGCUACACCAUACACACUUAUAAAAUACACUUUUUCAGGAUUAAAGAUGCUCAAUGCAUGGAGGGACCUACUUCCCUGAAGACCUCUUCCUUAUCACCUCUCUUCUCUGCUUUAGUGUUUCCUGCAUCAGUACCUUAAAUAGUGUAAAGCUGAGGACAAUGCAUCUUUUUGUGGUGUGUCUCUUCAGUGUCUGGGGUCUGGCUGCCCCUGAGCGCUACGUCGUGGAAGACGUCUGCACUGCAAAGCCACGCGACAUCCCGGUGAAUCCCAUCUGCAUCUAUCGCAACCCUGAGAAGAAGCCCCAGGAGGGCGAGGGGCAAGAGCCAGGGAAGGGCAAGCUCCCAGAGUCUACUAACCCCCGGGUCUGGGAGCUGUCGAAGGCCAAUUCUCGCUUUGCUGUUGUCUUCUACAAGUACCUGGCUGACUCUAAGGACAAUGGGGAAAACAUUUUCAUGUCACCACUCAGCAUUUCUACAGCCUUCGCCAUGACCAAGCUCGGAGCUUGUGGUAGCACCCUCCAGCAGCUCAUGGAGGUCUUUCGAUUUGACACCAUUUCGGAAAAGACAUCUGAUCAGAUCCACUUCUUCUUUGCCAAGCUGAACUGCCGGCUUUACAAGAAAGCCAACAAAUCCUCAGAGCUGGUAUCGGCCAACCGCCUUUUCGGGGAGAAAUCUUUGGUCUUUAAUGAGACUUACCAGAACAUUAGUGAAAUAGUUUAUGGAGCGAAACUCUGGCCCUUGAACUUCAAAGAGAAGCCAGAAUUUUCCAGGAAGAUCAUUAAUGAGUGGGUAGCUAACAAGACAGAGAAGCGCAUUACAGAAGUGAUCCCAGAAAGAGGUAUUGAUGAUCUCACUGUCUUGGUCCUGGUCAACACCAUUUAUUUUAAGGGGCACUGGAAAUCGCAGUUCCCAGCUCCAAACACAAAACUGGAUUUAUUUCAUAAAGCCAAUGGUGAGACCUGCAAAGUCCCAAUUAUGUACCAGGAGUCCAAAUUCCGCCACGCAUCCAUCCCCCAGGACAAAGUCCAGGUGCUGGAGCUGCCUUACAAAGGGGAUGAUAUCACAAUGGUGCUGGUCCUGCCCAGUGCUGGCACACCAUUGGUGGAGGUGGAGCGAGACCUGACAUCGGAGAAGCUGCAGGACUGGAUAGACUCCAUGAUGGAGGUAUCUCUCUUUGUCUACCUCCCUCGCUUCCGCGUCGAGGACAGCUUCAGUGUCAAGGAGAAGCUGAGAAAAAUGGGGCUGGAAGAUCUCUUCAGUCCAGAAAAUGCCAGACUCCCAGGUAUCAUUGCAGAGGGUCGUACAGACCUGUAUGUAUCUGAGGCUUUCCAUAAAGCCUUCCUUGAGGUGAAUGAAGAAGGUAGCGAGGCAUCAGCUGCUACAGCUGUCACUGUCUCCGGCCGUUCCUUCCCCAUGAACAGAAUAAUCUUCAAUGCCAACAGGCCCUUCCUGCUUUUCAUCCGGGAAGCCUCCCUCAACACCAUUAUCUUCAUGGGCAGAAUAGCCGACCCUUGCUCCUAAAGGGGCUCUCAGGGCCUCGCCUCUCCCUCCUCUGCCUCUGGAAAAGGGGCAGUAGGGUAUUGCCAUGAAGCCUGGGCUGCUCCUGGGGUGUUUGGUCUUACUGUUUGGUGCAAGCUGCAGGGAGGGACUGUAUCCAGCUGGGCUGUAACCGCUCCUCCUUGCUGUGUCAGGUGAGGUGGCUCAGAGGGCACUUCACCUGCUCCAUCCUUCAUUCAAAGGGAAGCUGAAUUUUUUUCCGGCACCAGUAUUUUUGAGGCACCCAAACCUGAGUCCAGCAUUGCUGUCAUUCUUAUAUCCAACCCUCCUCCCUUUCAGGCCUCAAACUGUAACUCUGAUCCCCUGGUUCAUUAAAAACCUAUAGAUCUGUAUGUAA